UUGUAGAUGGCCCCUCCCAGCUGGUCUGAGAUCAGGUGUAUGACCCCUCCCUCUUUAGAGAUGGCUCCUCCCAGUAGGUCUCGGAUCAGGUUUGGCAGCUUGUGGAGUAACGAGGAGAGCGACAGAGGUAUGUGCACAGGUGAUCUGCGCAGCUAUGAGUCGAUGAGGGUGUGACCCUCUCUGAUUGGUCGAGAGGCCCAGACGUGUUGUGACAGACAGAGAGCAGGCAAAGGCAGCGUCGGAGAAUGGCGAGACAUGUGGGUUUUGACCAGAGCCCACAAGACCCGGAGGUUGGAUUGGAGAGCCCGGCGGACGAGGCGGGCGUCCACGACUCGUUCAGCCGGCUGAUAGCGGAGCAGACCCAGGACGAGAGGGGCCCGGGCUACGAGAGGGACCCGGGCUACGAGAGGGACCCGGGCUACCAGAGGGACCCGGGCUACGAGAGGGACCCGGGCUACGAGCCGGGGCUGGAGCUGCAGGAGCUGCAGAGGGAGCUGGACGAGGAGGGCCGAGACUACGUGAGCGGCCUCUCCCCUGACCAGGGGGCGAGGCGCCGGGCCCCCCCCCGGGACGGGGAGGGGGGCCAGAUGAGUCCCAUGAUGGGGGAGAGGUGGUCCUCCGCCACCCUGAAGAUCCUCGACUCCAUGCCCAGCCGCACUAUCGGCCGUAACAGGGGGGCCAUCCUCUCCCAGUACUAUAACCGGACCCUCCAGCUCCGCAUGCGACGGCAGAGCCGGCCGUCGCUCCGGGACCUGCCCCACUCCUCCCGGCCCAGCCUCCGGGGGUACAGGGUGGAGUCGGACUUCAGCGAGACGGACAGCCGGGCGGACAACGUCAGGAGGCAGGCCCUGGUGUCUAACCUCCAGAAGCUGUCUGUGAGCGACCGCGUCCGGAUGCUGCGGGCCAUGCCCCUCAGCAUGGCCGACAAGAGACAGCUCAGGAGUCUAGUUCUGCAGAAGACCCCCUCCCUUCCCAGUGGUCAGAUCCCGUGUUACAGUCAGCUCAAGUUUUAUGUCAUCGUCGCGGCCAGGCAGCUUUGGUACAGCUGGUUCUCGUUCCUGCACUCCCUCCAGCUGUGGCAGGUGGCGCUGAAGAGGGUGGGCGGGCGCUUCGGCACCGGCGUGCUCUCCUACUUCCUGUUCCUGAAGACGCUGCUGUUCUUCAACCUCUUCCUGUUCCUGGUGACCGGUCUGUUCCUGGUGCUGCCCCAGGCCGUGCACCCGCCCCAGGCCGUGCACCCGCCUCCGGCCGUGCACCCGCCCCCGGGACCCGCCAGCUUCUCUGGGCUGGAGCUGCUCACCGGAGGGGGCUACUUCUCGGACUCUGUGUUGUACUACGGUUACUAUAGCGACACCACCCUGAACCGGGAAUGCGACAACAACGGCUCCGCCCCCUCGCCGGGCGGGUGGAGGGGGCUGGACUGCGCCAGGCAGGGCCUCUCCUACAGCAUGCCCCUCGCCUACUUCUUCACCAUCGGGACCGCCUUCUUCAUCACCUGCAUCAUCCUGGUGUUCAGCAUGUCCAGGUCUUUCGGUCAGAGUUUCCGCGUGGAGCAGUCUCCCAGCCUGCUGGCCAUGAAGGCCUUCUGCUCCUGGGACUUCAAGGUCGUCAAGACUUCCUCCGUGGCACUCAUGUCCGAGAACAUCGGCACGCAGCUGAGGGAGCUGUUGGCGGAAGUGACCCGUAACCAUGCCAACCAGACCGCGGGCCAGCGGCUGUGGCGGCUGCUGGUCCACGGUCUGGCCUGGACCAUCUGCAGCGGGAGCACGGUGGCCUGCGCCCUGGCCGUGCACUACCUGGCCCAGCACAUGCACGCGGUCAGAGUGUUGCAGGCCGGGGGCGGGGCAGGGGGCGUGGCCGGGGCCGGGGGCGUGGCCGCGGACCCCCUGCCGUCGGAGGCCCCCCUGCUGGCCCUGCCAGUGGGCGUGUCCCUCAUCAACCUGCUGCUGCCCGGCCUCUUCAACGCCGCCGGCUGGAUGGAGGAGUACGACUCGCCCAGCGUGCGCAACUCUGUGGCCAUUGUCAGGAACCUGAUGCUGAAGGUCAGCCUCCUGAGCGUUCUGUGUUUCCAUUGGCUGGGCCGCGAGGCGACCUCUGGCCUGCAGUGCUGGGAGAGUUUCGUGGGUCAGGAGCUCUACCGCUUCCUGCUGAUGGACUUCAUCUUCACGCUGCUGGACACGCUGCUGGGAGAGUUCCUCUGGAGGCUGUUCUCAGAGAAGGUGCUGAAGAAAAGCAGAAGACCGGUGUUUGACAUCGCCAGGAACGUGCUGGAGCUCAUCUAUGGACAAACCCUGGCCUGGCUGGGGGUCCUCUUCACGCCCCUUCUGCCCGGGGUUCAGAUCAUCAAACUCCUGCUGCUCUUCUACAUCAAGAUGAGCAGCGUGAUGCUGAAUUGCCAGGCGCCCCGGAAGCCGUACCGGGCGAGUAAGAUGACGACCGUCUUCAUCACGCUGCUCUGCUUCCCCUCCUUCCUCGGGGCAUCCGUCUGCGUCACCUACACCAUGUGGAGCAUCGCCCCGUCCCGGGCCUGCGGGCCGUUCCGGGGCCUCAGCACCAUGAUGCAGGCGGGCCGGCUGUGGGUGGAGCAGCUCAGGGACGCCAACCCCCACCUCACCUGGCUGGCCACCGCCCACUCCUACCUGGUGGAGAACCCCCUCUUCCUGUUCGUGGCCGCCGGGGUCUUCAUGAUCAUCAUCUACUUCAACAGCCAGGUGGUCGGCGGGCAGAGGAAGGUCAUCGCCCUGCUGCAGGAGCAGAUCAAAAACGAGGGCGAGGACAAGAAGUUCCUCAUCCGGCAGCUCCAGACCACGCACGAGAAGAAGAGGGACACGUCGGCCCGUCGCAGCCAACAGGAUUCGGCCUGUUGACAGCCUACAGGUUUGUCUCUGAGGAUAUUCAUUGGAUGGAUUCGCUCAGAGGAAGAAACAUAAUACAGGGAGAAAUGCAGUUUUCCUUUUGGACCUGACGGACAUCAGAAAUAUCGGAGGAGGACCAAUAGGCAAGCAGCUCCUUAAAAGGACAGGAACGCAGAAGGAUGGAGUUUGUUGGCGCUGGCCUUCGGAGGGUUAGCUCGUCGCUGUUAGCCCGUUAGCCCAGACCGUAGCAGAGAAGGGGUAGGGUUGGCUAACCCGCCUGACAGUGGAACAGAUCUGCCUAGGCUGCACAUGACUGGCCUGCGAGGGCAGAGUUCAGCUCACACUGGGAACACUGGGAACUCCGUUAGUGGCAUUUAUACUACAAAUAUGGCUCCAUCAUAUUUGAUAUAUCGUGAUCACACUUUUGUUUCAACUGUGAACAUUUUUGUUGUGGUUUCUGGAGGGAUAGUGCUAUUUUAUAAACCAGUUUAGUGGGGAAUGUUUGUUAAAAUAUUAGUUUUACCCUUGCUCAUCUCAUUCAACAUAUCAUGUCAUUGUUUGAAUACUUUUUAAAUGUUUUAUUAGUUUUAAAUAAAUUAUAUUUUAUCAUCAUCA